GACAGUCCAGCCACAGACCAAGCUCAAGAUGACAGACACUGCAGAAGUUUUAAAAGCUGCUGGUGACUGUGGGCGGUUUCAGAUAUGGUUAGUGGUGCUGAUUUCUCUUGCAUGCCCUAGCCUUUCUUUCCACCUGUUUAGCCAGAUUUUCAUGGUUCAGCGUGUGCCUCAUCACUGUGAUACAAGUUGGAUCCUGGAAAUUAAUCCAAACCUGACCAAGGAGGAGCAGUUGAAUUUAACUAUUCCUCGCAACACGCAAGGCUCGUAUGAGGAAUGUUACAUGUAUACUCCAGUGGACUGGGAUCUCGACUCCAUCCGGCGCUACGGGCUGAAUUCCACAGAGAAGUGCCGAGAUGGCUGGGUGUACUUUUCCUCUGAAGAAACGCUCGUAACUAAGUUUGACCUGGUGUGCGACAGAAAAGAGCAAACGGACAUCGCCCAAUCCAUUUUCAUGCUGGGACUUCUCAUUGGGGCUUUCAUCUUUGGUUCAUUAAGUGACAGCAUUGGUCGUCGGCCCACAACACUGGUUUGCUUGCUCAUACAAGGAGUGUUUGGCAUCGGAACAGCCUUUGCGCCAAAUUUCUAUGUCUAUGUGGCCUUGAGAUGGGCUAUCGGCGCUUCUGUGUCAGGAGUUGCCAUCGGCACUCUCGCCUUAGCCACUGAAUGGGUUGGCAUCUCCUAUCGGCCACAUGCGGUGAUAAUUUCCCACUGCUGGUUUGCCUUUGGACAGAUGACUUUGGCUGGCUUGGCUUAUGGCAUUCACAACUGGAGGAUGCUGCAGAUUGCUGGGUCUGCUCCCGUGUUUGCUCUUUUCUUCUACGUAUGGGUCUUUCCUGAAUCUGCUCGAUGGCUCAUGGCAAAAGGGAAGAUAAAGGACGCGAAAAAACUGUUUCAAAAGGCAGCAGUUAUGAAUAAACGUACCAUCCCACCAGAACUGCUUGAUGAGCUGGCCCCUGAAAAGGAGUCCAAGUCUGGAAAUAUUCUGGAUGUCUUCAGGAAGCGGCAUCUGAGAAAAGUCACUUUAAUUAUGUCAAGUGCUUGGUUUGUGAACAGCCUUGUGUACUAUGGAGUGAGCCUCAAUGUAGGGAAUUUUGGCCUGGACAUCUACCUGACGCAGCUCGUGUUUGGGGCUGUCGAGAUACCAGCUCGCUUCAGCUGCAUCUACCUGCUGCAGUGGUUUGGGAGGAAGAAAUCCCAGAGCGGCUGCCUGCUGCUGGGUGGGGUCAUGUGCUUGAUCAUCACCGGCAUCCCGAAAGAUUUGCCGGUGGUGACCACGACGCUGGCUGUCAUUGGGAAGUUUUCCAUUGCAGCCUCUUUUUCUGUCUCUUACGUGUAUUCUGCAGAGCUGUUUCCCACUGUGGUCAGGCAGACCGGGGUAGGGCUGUGCUCAAUGUCAGCCAGACUUGGUGGCAUCAUCUCCCCUCUGAUUGGUCUCUUGGGCACCUACAACUCUGUGAUCCCCAUGGCAAUAUUUGGAGGCGCGCCGGUGAUUGGGGGGAUCCUCUGCUGCCUGCUUCCAGAGACGCGUGGGAAAGAGCUUCAGGACGGCACCGAGGAGCCCAUGGAGAACCAGUGGUCCAGCGACAAUGCUAGUCCUAAUGGACCCCUCAGACAGAAAAAGGACAGGCAAGAGGUGGAAGGCACAAAGACCACGCGCUUCUAGAGGAAGCCCCGGCCAUUGUCCGAUCCAGAGGAAUCAAAGACCAACCAGUGCUGUCGGGUGUGAGAUCCACAAGGAGUCAGUUCAUUAAUUUUUUCCUUCUUCCUUCACUAGGUCUUGACCUCUUUUUUUCCCCAUUUGUCUCCUCCAAGCCCCCUCUAGGGUUCCCUAAUACACACUACACGUUGUCCCUUUUGUUCAGUGAGUAUUGGACAGAACAGUCCGAUCUGGAGAAAAUAGAAGUUAAUCACCUACGGGAAAAAAAUCAGAUGUUAGAGCCAAAUACUUGAGUCUCCCCUUCCCUUCCCUCUCGUCCGUCAGCACCUACGCCGUCUCUGGAAACCUUUCCCAAGCAUGAGACCUAUUCAGUUGUGGAAUAGCCUCGCAAAGCCAAUGCCUUGCUUGCAAUAUGUAUAUCUGAACUGGAUGGAGUAGAA